CAAAUCUCACCAACAGUUUAAUAGUAUAGUUAUGCAGAGUGUGAUUCAUUGAUGAAAAUUACUCAAGUAUCACGAAUUUAACUUGCGAUUUGCAUUGAAAUUUGUAGUGUAAUUUGCAGUGUGGCUUGCAUUAUGGUUUAUGCGUAGGUACAAAUCAAACGCUUGUAUUACUCUAUUUAAGAAAAGGAAUAUAACUUUGUAUCAUAAAACAAAUUAUAUAUAGAAAUAAGAAUUACAAUACAUGUAUUUCUGUGAAUUAUCUUUUAACGCACUUUUAUAUAAUAUUCUGACAAGUACGAUAAACUAUCGCAAAGAAUUUUAUGUAUACUCUUUUAGAAUAAAAUUACUUAUUACCUAUAUUUCGUUCUUCUCUUCUCAGCUAGCUUGCUACUUCUACAUGCAUUACGCGUGACCUUUAACCUGUUUUCACCCACCUAUAUAGAUUUCCAUUCAUUUUCUGAUUAAAGCCGGAUGGUACAUGCCCUUUUUCAUUUUUCUUUCAUUUGAUGCCAUUGUUCGGCGUGUUGACGUUGGAAUCCCUGACAUAUAUAAGUAAAACUACCACCAGUGACAGACAAUCCUUUAACAGUCAUGAUCUGCUACUGUACCCUGAUAUCAACAUUUCUUGUUCUUUUUCAAGUGGUUUAUUCUCUUCCUACGAAAUAUUCAGAUGAUGACCUGGAGAGACUGCUAGAGCUGCUUUACAACAAAGGACGGAAAGGGCACAAGACCCCAAUGGACCGAUGGAAAAAUGGCAGGGCCCAUCUUAUAUCGGGGGACCUAAAGAAGCCAGAAUUGGUUUUGAACUCACUAGCGCAGGAUUACGGAGAACGGCAGCUGGAUUACCUUCCUGACGGAGCUCAUAAGCCAAAGAACUUAAACAGACAUAACAAGCAGGAACAAUCAGCAGAAGAGAAAGACGUGCACAAAGUCUCAACGCACGUAGAGAUUCCAAACAGCGCCACCAAGCGGAACUAUUACCAUGACAUUGGUUGGAGAUGGCCGAACCGCACGGUCUACUAUGCCAUUGACUACCCGUCGUUUUCACCUUUCAUUGCGCAGGCGGAGGACAAAAUCAAGUCGUCCUUGGCCCUCCUGGAGGAUGCCGCGUGCAUUAAAUGGGAGGACGUUACGGGGACUAGUACAGCCUACAAUCACAUCCUGUUCUAUGGAAACACCACGGCGUGUGCCUCGUACGUGGGAUACAUUAAAACGAAAGAGCAAAAGAUUUGGCUGGGACCUGGAUGUUUAUGGACUUCUAUAGUCCUUCACGAAGUGCUGCACGCUUUGGGGGCGUGGCAUGAGCAACAGCGAACUGACCGUGAGGGGAAUAUUGACAUGCUGUUUCAAAACAUUAACCCUCAUGCACUUGGAAACUUUGAGCUACGACAGACACGAGAGUACGCCCCGUUUGAUCUCGGUUCGAUCCUUCAGUAUGGCUUAUCGAGCUUUGCUACACAGACCGGACUUCAGACAAUGUCGAUUCCAGAUAAAGGAUUAGAAUAUCUCAUCACAAACAGCAAGAAUGACCUGUCUUUUUAUGAUAAAUUAAACCUCAACCGGUACUACGACUGCGCGGCAACGUGUUCACUCUCGUGUCUGAAUGGCGGCUUUGAGAAGAUGAACUAUCUAGGGGUUUGUUCCUGUGAGUGCCCGGAUGGACUGAUAGGAUUGGAUUGCUCUCAGUUAGACACGUCACCAGGUUGUGGAGGUUUUAUUGACCUCACCACACCAGGAACCAGUCAAGUUAUCGAGAUGACGUCAUACAACACGAACCUUCUGUGCACAUGGCUGAUAAAGACUCCUGUGAAGACCAAAGUGAAGGCAACAAUAGAACAGCUGGAUCUACCAGACAGCGAAAACAACAACUGCUUUCAUUUCCUCAUCUUUAGGGACUAUCUCAUUGGCGAGCCGGGAAAACAGGCAUGCGGAAAUACCUCAGGUGCUGUGUACUCCAAAUACCUUCAUGGUGAGGAAAACAUGAUGAUGAUCCGAUUUGACAGCAUAUCGUAUCCUGAUGUCACACCUGGCUCAGGUUUCCGUGUCAAGGUCGAAGCAAUGCCCUCUGGUUGCUAUAGCCACCCAUGUAAGUUUGGCGCCACCUGUCACGAGCAGUCUUCAGUCGACCAGUAUACCUGUUCAUGUCCCCAAGGGUUUUCUGGAAAGAACUGCGAGAUCGUUACAGCUACUGCGAUCGUCAGGUCUACAUUCGAACAGGACUUCACCGGAAGUGUAUUUCAACAAGAUCCAACAUCUACGUUUUGGUGGAGCAUCGUGUCGAAACACAACUUUGGAGGCACGACUGUGUAUCCCCACUCUGGGAAUCUGUUCGCCUCCAUGAUUGGAUAUCUGUCUGUCAUUUAUCUACAUACAACCUCCAAACUCCGCACUGAGGCCAAAUUCCAAGCCGCUGAGCGGUGUUUGAACAUCAGUUACAUCAUGGACAACCAGACGCAUCCCACUUAUCCAGAAUAUUUUACCAAGUUCAUAGUUACCGUGCUUGACGGAGAAAAUGUAUUAAACGAAUACACCUAUUUUGGUGAUACCGGAACAAAAUGGCGGCACAAACUUGUGGAUCUACCAGCUGUUAAUGACUUGAGGGUGGAGAUAACUGGUGUCUUCGGAUGGAACACCCUCGGUAUUGAUGAUCUACUUAUUUUGCCGGCUCCUUGUGAUUGCGUCAGCCACCAAUGUCUCCAUGGCCAUUGUGUGUCCAAUGGCGGGACGUAUACUUGUCACUGUCAAACUGGAUAUUCCGGGGACUACUGUGAAAUACUCGAUGUGGUGGACGGUGGCUACACAGAAUGGUCUGUAUGGACCACGUGUACAACCACUUGUGGCGAAGGAACGCAGACACGUACACGCACGUGUACAAACCCGACCCCAAUGAAUGGUGGAUCUGAUUGUGUGGGAGAAAGCAAUCAGUCCCAGAGCUGUCAAAUUCAGGCUUGUCCAGUUGAUGGUGGCUACACGGAAUGGUCAGCUUGGAGCACGUGCGACUGUGUUGAAGGAACCCAGACACGUACACGUACCUGUACAAACCCAACACCAGCAAAUGGGGGUUCUGAUUGUGUAGGGGAGAGUAGUCAGACACAAACCUGUACAGCAGAAGGAUGUCAGAUUGAUGGUGGUUAUACAGAAUGGUCUGUCUGGAGCACGUGCACAGCCACGUGUGGAGAAGGAACACAAACACGUACACGCACGUGCACAAACCCGAUUCCGCAGAACGGCGGAGCUGACUGUGAUGGGGAAGGCAGUCAGACACAGAGUUGUAACAUCCAAGGUUGUCCAAUUGAUGGUGGCUACACGGAAUGGUCAGCUUGGAGCAUGUGCGACUGUGUUGAAGGAACCCAGACACGUACACGUACCUGUACAAACCCAACUCCAGCAAAUGGGGGUUCUGAUUGUGUAGGGGAGAGUAGUCAGACACAAACCUGUACAGCAGAAGGAUGCCAGAUUGACGGUGGUUAUACAGAAUGGUCUGCCUGGAGCACGUGCACAGCCACGUGUGGAGAAGGAACACAAACACGUACACGCACGUGCACACACCCGAUUCCACAGAACGGUGGAGCUGACUGUGAUGGGGAAGGCAGUCAGACACAGAGUUGUAACAUCCAAGGUUGUCCAAUUGAUGGUGGCUACACGGAAUGGUCAGCUUGGAGCACGUGCGACUGUGUUGAAGGAACCCAGACACGUACACGUACCUGUACAAACCCAACACCAGCAAAUGGGGGUUCUGGUUGUGUAGGGGAGAGUAGUCAGACACAAACCUGUACAGCAGAAGGAUGUCAGAUUGACGGUGGUUAUACAGAAUGGUCUGUCUGGAGCACGUGCACAGCCACGUGUGGAGAAGGAACACAGACACGUACACGCACGUGCACAAACCCGAUUCCACAGAACGGUGGAGCUGACUGUGAUGGGGAAGGCAGUCAGACACAGAGUUGCAACAUCCAAGGUUGUCCGAUUGAUGGUUGCUACACGGAAUGGUCAGCUUGGAGCACGUGCGACUGUGUUGAAGGAACUCAGACACGUACACGUACCUGUACAAACCCAACACCAGCAAAUGGGGGUUCUGAUUGUGUAGGGGAGAGUAGUCAGACACAAGCCUGUACAACAGAAGGAUGUCAGAUUGACGGUGGUUAUACAGAAUGGUCUGUCUGGAGCACUUGCACAGCCACGUGUGGAGAAGGAACACAGACACGUACACGCACGUGCACAAACCCGAUUCCGCAGAACGGUGGAGCUGACUGUGAUGGGGAAGGCAGUCAGACACAGAGUUGUAUCAUCCAAGGUUGUCCGAUAACCUCCUCCCAUUGUGACUUUGAGCAAGAAUAUGAAGAGAACUGUUUUCUCAAGGAAGGAAAUAACGACGAUUUUGAUUGGACAAGAAAUUUUGGAGGAACGGAAACACAGCGCACGGGACCAGGCCGGGCCAGAUCGGGUUACUAUUACAAGUAUAUUGAAAGCACAGGCAAGCAAAGUGGUGCCACAGCGGAAUUGGUCAGCAACGGAGUGUUUGCGAAUGCAACCUACUGUUUUUCGUUUUAUAACCACAUGAAAGGAAAACACAUCGGUUCCUUGGAGGUCUUAAUCGUAGAAGAUGGUAUUGAACACACAGUUACGCUCCUAGACACCAACAGAAAGGGCUGGUACAUGAACUCUUCCAAUUUGCAGCUUCACAAUAGAACAAAGCUGAUCAUUCGAGCCACAGUAGGAUCUGGCGACAAGGGAGACAUAGCCGUGGACGACAUUUCUCUGUCCCUCGGGGCCUGUUGAAGCACCACGCCUACAAUACAUCGUCCGUUUUAAGUUCUGGAGAUUCAAUUUGUUCAAAUUUGUCCAUUUUAGACGUUGUUUACCCCUAUAAUUUCAAUGCCUUCCAGUAUUCUUAUAAUUUGAAAUUCGUCUGCGUAUUGAAUUUUAUUUUAAGAAGAUAUCUAUAUAUUUUGUUUCUACAUAUUUGUACUCUUUGUUUGAUGGUUACUACAUUGUAGUUGCAUUAUGAAAAAGUAUUGCUCUCUCUAAAAACAAACGUCUUGGAAAACCUUAUUCGAAUGUAACUUCCUGUAUGUAGAUUUCAAUGUACAAUUUGACAGUCAGUAAAUGAUGAUAUCUUCCGCUACUGUCUGUGCCAAUUGAUAUCCAUUUUGUGUAGUGGAUAAAAAGGAAAACAUGCAUGUAUAUAAUAUAUGUUUUUAGUCUAUGUAACCUUUAUAUCUUUUUAUUAGAUUCAUAGUAUUUUAUUGAAUGAUUUUUAUUUACUUAAAGCAUUUAUCAGGUAAAGAAAUAUCUUUGUUUUUUUCUUUUUUUGCAAGUUCCAAAAAUAAAUGCAGUUUCAUUCGUUCUUCAUACAGUGUUCCUUG